CGUUAAAGUUUGAUGAGGCAUCUAGUGUACAAGAGAAAUGAUGACAAACAUCUUAUUUGAAAGAUUAACAAAUCAUUAACUUUUUUGAGUUACACACUCAAUUUUCACCAGAUUGAGCUGAAACUGUUUCGCACAUACACAGCAGUACACGAGAGAAAUGAUGAUAAACUUCUUAUUUAACUUCUUACAAAGCAGUCACAAAAAAUAUAUUUUCCAUUUAUCGAGUCGAAGAGUUUAAUAAUUCAACGAUAAAUCUAAUAGUUUAAUGUUUUAUGUCUUUAGUUGUUUAAAGGAAAAUUUUAUUAUUGUGAGGGACCAUUAGCUCGGAAUGUUACAACAAAACAACACUGUGAGGGUUUAUCCGAUCACGAAUGGAAAAAUCAACAAUACAAUUUUGAUAAUUUAGGCCAGGCACUUCUUGCAUUAUUUGUUUUAUCAUCGAAAGACGGCUGGGUUCAAAUAAUGUACAACGGUAUUGAUGCUGUUGAUGUUGAUGUUCAACCACGAAAAAAUUAUGAUGAAUCAAAAUUACUCUAUUUUAUCUCUUUUCUAUUGCUUGUUGGCUUUUUUGUAUUAAAUAUGUUUGUUGGAGUUGUGGUAGAAAAUUUUCAUAAAUGUCGAGCUGAACAAGAACGAGAAGAAAAAGCACGACGAACAGCAAAGCGUGCAAGAAAAAUUGAAGCAAAACGUCGUAGAAUGAGAGAACUUCCGUAUUAUGCUCAUUUUUCACCAUGGAGAAGAAAAUUACACGAUGUAUGCAAUAGUAAAUAUUUUGAUCUUAUUAUAGCGGCUGUUAUUGGAUUGAACGUUGUUACAAUGUCAUUAGAAUUUUAUUUAAUGCCACAGGUACAUAAAAAUAUAGAUUCAUUAAGAUUGUAAAUAAUAUUUUUGUUUUUAUUAUUUUUCAUUUUAUUUAAGGUGUUUGAUAUUGCACUCGACUAUUGUAAUUAUGUAUUUACAGCU